GUCACAUCCCACACCACACAACAUCUACUCAUCGUUAUUUAACUUCAAAAUCUCCUCGAAAACAGCAGAUUAUGAAGGAACUAUAUAAGGAAUUUGGUGGGGCUGUUUUCAAAAGUGCCAUUGUUGUCGAUGUUGUAUGCCCUGCUGAUAAGAAAGACGUGACACAAGUCAUGAAUCUCUUAAACCGCCAGGGUAUCACAUCUGGAAACAGUAUCAAAGGGUGGCCUCGUGGCAAAAGAGCUAAACAGGAAGUCCCGUAUUAUGCACCUUUCGCCAGGAUUCUCAACACCAUCGUUGAGACCUUUGAGUCUUUUGACUCAGAGAAUCGGUACUACCGUGGAAUACGAUUCUACCCAUACGCCAAGGUCAUGUUAAAUGGCACUACAAAUUCAUUUAAACCCGACAUCGUGUCCCUUUUUAGCAAAAAGGAAAGCAUUUCGCACAACGUAUCUGGGACGAAGUUGUUUUUACCUUUGAGGUGAAGA